UCACUGCGCAACACAGCAGACACGAGAGGGAGCAGUAGGCAGGGCAGGCACCCCGGAUCACCGCCGCCGCCGCCGCCGCCGCCGCCGCAACCCCCCUCUCCCUAAACCCUAGCCCCCCCUCGCCGCCAUGGAACCACCUGCCGCCGCCUCCUCGCCCGAUCCGACGCCCCAGGACCAGGCUCCCUCCCCCUCCCCGGCCAAGCGCUCCGCCUGGAAGCAACCCGCCCCAAACGGCGUCGUCGACACGCCCGCGCCAGGCCCCGCCGUCAUGGACGCCAACCACUGGCCCGCGCUCUCCGAGGCCGCCGCCAAGAACACCAAGCUCGCGCCCGCCCCGGCCCCCGACUCCUCCAGGCCUCCCGAAUCUUCGUCCCCGUCGCCCGCGCCCUCAUCGGCCAUGGCCAACUCAUCCAAUUCGCACAAGCACGGCUCGGGGACGCACCAUGGUCGCCACAAGCCUGCCAGGCGCGGCGGCGGCGGCGGUGGAGAGCACUCCCCGCGAGACCAUCCUGAUCGGAGCACCGGUGGGUGGGACCAUGCCACUGGUGGUACCAGUAGCGGUGGCGGGGGAAGGGGCGCUCACAGAAACCACAAUAAUGGCGGCGGUAGGAGGGGCAAUGGCGUCACUGGCUCUGGCAGUGGGGUUUCUCACCAUGGUGGUGCUGCUGGUGGUGGCGGAAGCUUUAGUGGCAGGCGAAGAGGAGGAUACGAGCCCUUCUACCGUGGUGGUGGUCCUCCUCCCAUGGGCAUGGGUCCAUACAUGAGAGGUGCACCACCCCCUCCUCCGCCGAUGACAGUUCCUCCACCGUUCAUGGGCCCUCCGCCGCCGUCGGUCUCGCCCAUGCGUGCAUUUGCUGGACCAAUGAUGUUCCAAGAUAUGCCAUCUCCAGUGCCUCCUGUAUCCCCGAUAUACUUCUAUGGGCCUCCCCCACCACCAGAGGCUCUCAGGGGACUGGCUCUUGCACCUCCUAUGGUUGGUCCACCUGCUUACCCUUACUUCCAGACCCUGUCUGAGCCACAGCCUGAGCCUGAGCCUGAGCCCGAGCCUGAGCCCGAGCCUGAUGUGGAAGAGGAACGUGCCAAGCUGCUGAACCAGAUAGAGUUCUACUUCAGCAAGGAGAACUUAUGCUCAGAUGUAUACCUGAGGCAGCAGAUGGAUGGGCAGGGCUGGGUUGAUAUAUCUCUUAUAGCUGGCUUUAAAAAGGUCCUAGAGCUGACGAAUGACCUGCAAUAUGUAAAAGAGACAGUGAAGUCCUCGUCGAUACUUGAAAUGCAGGGCGACAAAAUUAGGAAGCAAAACGAUUGGGAAAAAUGGGUGAUCCCUCGCGAGAGCAAUCCUGACAUACCGUCAAGCUCAGCAUCUGUACCAAGGCCUAAUGUCAAUCAUCUGGCAGCACGUCUUGGAGGCAUGGGUCUGCAUGAAUCUGCUGCUAGCUCGAGUAGCACAACCCAUGGUGAUGUCGUCCAGAACGGACCACCUUCUGGUGACAAUGAGGCUCCAGUAGUUGAAGACAACUCUGGCCACCAGUAGUAGUUACAAUAAGGCGGUCCGAUUCACACCAUGACUGCAGGGGUUUUGUCCGUGCGCGAGUGACAGUACAAGUGAUAUGUUGUUUUGCAAUUUUUGGAGGGGAGGUAUGGCGGCACGUUACGUUAGACUGACAAGCGAAUGCGUUUUGUGGCAAUGAGGUAAGAUUUUUGCUUGACCUUGUUAUUGAGGUGUAGCGUGGAAGGUUUUCAGGCCGUUGGUGAAAAGUUUGAAAGAGAAGACAGGCAAACGAAGGUGGUAUGCGGGAGUCAUCGGAGACGAGGAGAAAACAAAGACAUGAAAACCGAGAGUGCUAAGUUGUUAUUGUCCCUGGGUGGGGCUAAUUGCUUGUUUGAUAUCCUUGUUUGAUGGUUUUCCUCGGCAGUAGGAUGGAUGAUGGUGUAAAAAAGAAAACCUCCGAUUUUUUAUGGAGGAGCUCAACUUUGACGCACGGAGAGUCAGGGUGCAUGUUUAAUGUUUUCUGGUGGUGGUGUUGUACUGAAGUGAAGUUGCUGUCACA